CUUCCUGCCUGUUCCUGCCCGCGAGAGCAGCAACCGCAACCUCACCGUCCAUCACGGCCCUUCGUCCUCCUUUCUCAACAUCUCACAGGGACGAGCCGCUUUCGUGAUCGUUCCCGCAUCACUUGCGCGUCUGCCGCUCACCCUCUGCUUCAUCCAUCUCUUACCGCCUCUCGUCCGCAUCCCCCUCUCGGCCUCGCUGCAGCUCGUUCCCCUCGGCACGCAUUCCGCAUUCCGCCUCGAGUGCCGCCGUCAAGAUGUCGUCCCCCGCCAAAAUGAUCCGCCGGAAGAAGAACGUCAAGAAGGGCAUUCAGUUCUGCCUCAUGGUCUGCGGUGCCUCUGGAACUGGCCGAACCACUUUUGUCAACACGCUCUGCGGCAAGGACGUCCUCCAGCAUAAGGAUGCGGAUGACGCCUCCGAUGCUCAUGUUGAGGACGGCGUCAAGAUCAAGCCCGUCACGGUUGAACUCGAACUUGAUGAAGAAGGCACCCGCAUCUCGCUAACCAUUGUCGAUACCCCUGGGUUCGGUGACCAAAUCGACAACGAGGCCAGCUUUGCGGAAAUUGUCGGAUACCUGGAGAGACAAUACGAUGACAUCUUGGCCGAGGAGUCUCGCAUCAAGCGUAACCCUCGCUUCAGGGACAACCGAGUUCACGCUAUGCUCUACUUCAUCACUCCCACUGGUCAUGGACUACGAGAGCUUGACAUCGAGCUCAUGAAGCGCCUCGCUCCCCGCGUCAACGUGAUUCCCGUCAUCGGACGCGCCGACUCCCUCACCCCCGCUGAGCUCGCCGAGUCGAAGAAGCUGGUCAUGGAGGACAUCGAGCACUACAGAAUCCCCGUUUACAACUUCCCGUACGACAUUGAGGAGGACGACGAGGAUACCGUCGAGGAGAACGCUGAGCUGAGAGGUCUUAUGCCCUUCGCCAUCGUCGGUUCGGAGGACAUUGUCGAGAUUGGCGGCCGCAAGGCCCGCGCUCGUCAGUACCCUUGGGGAGUUGUCGAGGUCGACAACCCGCGCCACUCCGACUUCCUGGCCAUUCGAUCCGCCCUCCUUCACAGCCACUUGGCUGACCUGAAGGAAAUCACGCACGAUUUCCUGUACGAGAACUAUCGUACUGAGAAGCUGUCCAAGAGCGUCGACGGCGCCUCUGGAAAUGCCGACAGCUCGAUGAACCCCGAGGAUCUUGCCUCCCAGUCCGUUCGUCUCAAGGAGGAGCAGCUCCGGCGAGAAGAGGAGAAGCUGCGCGAGAUCGAACUCAAGGUCCAGCGCGAAAUCAACGAGAAGCGACAGGAGCUCUUGGCCCGCGAGUCGCAGCUGCGCGAGAUCGAGGCCCGCAUGCAGCGGGAAGCAUCGCAGGCCACGCCCGCGCCGGCCGAGGCUGCCAACGGCGAGCACCCACACCCGGAAUAGAUCAUCUCACACAAAACACGGGGUCUUCGAGCGGUAUCCUGAUAAACGAAGUGCGAUGUUGGUCUACUUUAUUGCUCUCGGCGUUGGUUUUGUUCCGCCUCCCUGAACGAAGGAGGGGAGGGUCGGAGAGUAUUCCCCUGGCUGCAGCAAAAUCGAAUCGAGUCUUUUUUUUUACCCUUUCACACUGCCAUUUUACACAGCCAGAAAAGCUGCCCAUGAAUGAGAUUACGGUAGACAUCGAGGUGAGUUAUCGGGAGAGGCGGGGCCUGAGUUGGGGCAGCCUGCUUCUCGUGGCUUCUUGACGGACUACCGAGCACUGACUUCGUGCGAAACUUUGCGCUGGCAUGUGCCGGGUGAGACGGGACGCGGAAGGGGCUUGCGGCAGAUCCACGCGAUGAGCGAGUGUGUAUGGUUGCAGCAAGCCGUCGCAAGGGCAGCUCCCAUGGCCCUCGACCCCGUUGCGGGUAUAUUGAUUGGAGCCGCGUCUGUUUGUUGCCUGGCCUGUACCUGCGGCAUCCCGCUUAUUUCUCCAUUUCCUAGCCUUUUAGUGGACUUCUAAU